AUGAAGUUCCUGAUCUUGUCUAUACCUGCGUUACUUGCAACCCAAGCAGCAGCAGCAGUUAUCCCAUUGAACGGCGAGUCUGGCGUUGUUUCCAACGUCCAAACCAAAAGAACCACAUCCUUCAAAAGAGAAAAUGGCCGUGCUCCGUUGCUCAGAGUCGCCAAACCGGCUCCUUCCAGGUACGUCGUUAUCUACAACGACGAUAUCAGUGCUGAGGAUAAGCAGAAGGACAAAGAAUGGAUUUCGGAAAACGUGGACCAGGCUGUCAAAAGAGACGCUAUUCCAGACGGCGACGACGACCAAUUGGAGUUCUUUGAGGUCGCCAGCGUGAAAGGGUACGCUGGUCAUUUCGACCAGCAGCUCUUGGACCAGAUCCAGGAGAACCCAUUGGUCAAGUACGUUGAAGAAGACGAAGAGCUUGAAGUUGCCAGCAUUGUUACUCAAAAGGAUGCCACUUGGGGCCUUGGCAGAAUCUCCAGCCGUGAGAUUCCUUCUGAGUCGAAUUACGUUUAUGACGAUGAAGGUGGAAAAGGCGUCAAUGCUUAUGUUUUAGAUACUGGCAUUGCUGUGGACAAGAAAGAGUUUGAAGGCAGAGCUUCUUACGGUGCUGCUUUGGAGUUCCCAUGGAAUAAAGGUGAUAUCCUUGGCCACGGUACACACGUAGCUGGUACUAUUGGUUCCAAGACAUACGGUGUGGCCAAGAAGGUGAAUAUCACUGCAGUUGAUGUUUCUACGUUGAUUGGAAUCGUCCGUACGUCCAGAGUCGCCCAGGGCUUUGAAUAUGCACUUAAAGACCACCAGAAGAAGGUUGCAGCCAAGAUUCCAGGUUUCAGAGGUUCUACGCUUAACUUGUCUAUUUCUGGCUUGACGGCUACUUAUAUCACUGACGCUGCCAACGCUUUGAUUGACGCUGGUAUUCAUAUUGUCGUCGCUGCUGGUAACGAGAACAUGGACGCUUGUUACUCUUCUUCGGUGAACUCAGACGCCAUUGUCGUUGGUGCUACCGAUAAGAACGACGUCAGAGAGAUCCACUCCAACUUUGGGCCUUGUGUGGAUCUCUACGCUCCAGGUGAAGAUAUCGUCUCUGUGAGCCAUCUCUGGGGAUCCAGAACCAUGACUGGUACGUCCAUGGCAGCUCCUCACGUUACUGGUAUGAUCUCGUACUUCCUUUCUUUGCACCCAGACUUGCAGUCCGAGUUUAACACUAAUCCAGUUAGACCUCGUGAUCUUAAGGCCCAGUACCUUAAGCUUGCUACUAGAGGCAAUGUUAAGGAUAUUUCGGAGGAUACGCCUAAUGUGUUUGCUUAUAAUGGUGGCCAGGACCCCAACCAGAUCUGGAAGCUCUAA